ACACUUGAAUGACUUGAAUGCAUGAAUAAAUGGCGUCGAUGGCGUCCUCAUACCGCGUUCUAUUUCGCCUAGUUAGGCGACCGUUUAACUACAUAUUCAAAAGUAGUUCGCCAACGUCGCAGAUAAGUUCGUCCAGUUUUCCACAAGUAACGCAGAGUUUCUGCCAAAAGUUGCCAAGCUGCAAGAGUGCCAUGUUUGCAGGAUUGCUGUCACUUCUGGGGCUGCAGGAGCGUGAACCAGAGGACCCACUCAUUCACACAAUCAAGCUUGGUAUUCUCAACCUGCAGAGACAAGAUUUUAACAAGGCUGAGUCAAUGCUUCAUAUAGCUCUCAAGAUGGCUCAAGAGCGGGAAGACAGCCAGGCUGAGACCUACAUUUUUGAUGUCCUGGCAAAUGUGGCUUUUGAGAAAGGCGACUUUGACAAGGCUGAGAAGCUCUUUGUGGAUGUCAUGAAACGGUCUAUUGCUGCUGGGAUGCCACGUGAUGACAAUGCCAUUGUCGAGAUGUCUCUCAAGCUCGCUGAGAUUUAUGACCACCGCAAGGACACAAAGAAGGCUGAGCAGGGCUAUCGCUUUUGCAUCGAUGCUCAGGAGAAAAAGUUGGAGAAAAAGGAUUACUUAGAUCGUCUUUCCGAGCUGAGUGAUGUUGAAAAGGAUACGUUGGUGCUCUGGGCACGAAGCACAGAGGCCUUCGGACGACAUCAGCUGGAGCAGGGGAAAAUUUUAGAAGCACAGAAGUGCUUUGAGGAUGCUCUUACUGUCUCUAAAACAGUUAAUGGCAUGGGUCAUGAAGUUACUCUUUCAUUGUUGAAUGAUGUUGGCACUGUGGCUUCAAUGCUGCAUGACUAUGACAGAGCACUGAAAUUGCUCAAAGAAGCAAUUGCUCUGGGUCGUGACAUUAAGUCAAGCAAUCUGGCUGUGUUCUAUUGCAACCUGGGAGGUGUGUUAAUGGAGGAGGGCCGGAGCUACGCAGAAGCAGAAGGUGCAUGCCGAGAAGCUUUGAAGCUGGCCAACAAAACAAACAACAGUGAAGCUGCAGCCAGGUCUCGUGACUGCCUCGAGGAGCUGAAGAAACGUGCACCCAGAGCAGUGUUUGUGAGGUGAUCAACGACUUCUUGUGGCAUUUCACUGCUGCAGAGUGUUCUGGUUGUGUUCUAUUCUUUGCUGAUGUCCCACAUUGCUGCAGGCUGGCAUCAAUUGCACUAUCAUGCACUUGUACUUGCACCUUUGAGUUGCCACUUUGCUGAUAGCAAAAGUCAUCAUGCGGUAUCUAGUCACAAACAUGUAUCUAUGGAGCAGGAUGAAUGACCCCCAAGAAUAGCAUUUAUCCCAGCUGUGGUACAGCUCUGUCUGGCUAAGCAUAUUUGCUUCUGGCCAAGAAGUCUUCUAUUUUCCUAGCCUGCACUGCCUUUUCUGGCCUUUAAAGUCUGUAUGUCAUAGGCACUUUGCAAAACAGGUGAAGUUAUUGUGCGUAGACAUAUUUCCUUACUGAAAGCUCCUAUCUGCGAAAGCAUCCACCAAGACUAAAAUUUGAUGCUUGGUGCACGUGAAUGAUCUUCCACUAUUUUUCUGAGUGAUAUUUCUUUUCAUAAAGUACCACACUAGCUACAUGUUGUAAACGUUUGUACUUAAAAUAGCUGCACCAUAUAUUUUCACAUUGCACCAUUGUAGCCAUUGAAGAUGUGUGUAUCUGUCAGAUGCUUUGUGUGACAAGUGACAAGUGUGGAAGCAUGAGCAUUGUUAAGCAAUAAAGUUAGGAGCUUAGCCCCAGUGUUAUCUUAGUCAGCAGUGGCUUGCUUGCAAGCUGAGCAACAAUUAACAAAAAAAUGAUGCUCCAAGCUGUGUUUUAAUUAGAAUGUCACUAAUGCAUAGCUUAAAAUUCAAUAUGUGCAAACGCUGUGGUAUAUUUUUUCCUCUUCACUCUAUAGACUAUUUUAUAGAGACCAUGUGCUUACGGGUGACUCAACCAUAAUACCAUUAUGGUGAGAAAGAUUAUUUGUAUACAUGAAAGCAAUUGUAGAGACACAAUCCGCAUUUCAUUUCAUGAUCAUGGUGACUCAGUGUUGAAGUGCUUGUGUUGCAUCCCAAGAUAUGUGGCACCCAUGAGCUGGAAAUAAUAUAGCGUAUAUAGUACAAUAACUUGCUGCUCAAGGACAGCCAGUUUUAUUUCGAUACUUUAUGCGCAAAAUUUGACAACUGCUAAAUGCUGGUUCAGCUUCAAGUGUGAACCCUGUGCCUGACUUUCGGGAGCAAGUGUAGAAACUUGCGCAGGCUGGCAAGUCACAGCAGCAAACAGUACAAUGCACAAGGCAGGCUUGAUAGGUUGAAACAAAUACAGUACCAUAUGCAUGCUUCCUGUUCCCACCCUCAUUUUAUAUGUGCUUAGUGUUCGUGUUGUCAUUACGGAUUUAACUAAAUGACAUUCAAACCCAGAAUAACUGUCUGUUUUGUGCAGUAUAACAUCAUUUUGGUUUAAUAUAAGUAGUGGUGGACCAUCUGAAUUAGUGCUUUUUCCCACAGAAUUUUGGCACUACUUUCUUCAUGGUAACGGGCAGAACAAAUCAUGGCACUACUUUCUUGGCCUGUUAAGUUCAGGCUUGUGUGAUAAAUUGCCAUUUUAAGGGAUGGUCUAACUUGCAUUUAUUUGAAAACACCUUUUUUUUUUCACAUUCAUGUGGAUGCUGCCAUAAAAGUUUCAUUAGUGUAACUUUAUGUAUACAGCAAGUGGCAAUGUUCUACUGUUCAUGGGUACUGGAAAAUGGAAAAUAAAUGUUGUUCUUCUUGCUGGUAA